GCUCUGCUCACUGUCACUAGUUACGGCUUACAGUACCCAUUUCCCUCCACCACCUUACAGCUCACCCCUCACAAAUCUCUCCUCUUUUUUUUUUUUUUUGAUGCACAAAUCUCUCCUCUUUUUAUACAGCUUCUCCAUUGCUUGGUUAUACCCAUUUCCAUGGCUCCUCUCUUUCUCCUCUGCUUCCUUUCCGUUCUUUCUCUUGCUUCUUCUGCUUCACGGGGUGAUGAGAAAACCUUCAUUGUGAGGGUUCAGCAUGAUGCCAAACCCUCCAUUUUUGCUACCCAUAAACACUGGUAUGAGUCUUCUCUUGCCUCUGUGCUUUCCACCACGAAAACCGCCACCAUUAUUCAUACUUAUGAGACAGUAUUUCAUGGGUUCUCGGCGAAGUUGUCAUCCUCGGAGGCGCUGAAGCUCCAGAUGCUUCCUCAUGUGGUUGCUGUUAUUCCAGAGCAGGUGAGGCGGCUGCAUACAACUAGAUCGCCUGAGUUUCUGGGUCUGAAGAAAACCAACAAUGCUGGGUUGCUGAAAGAAUCCGAUUUUGGGUCUGAUCUCGUGAUUGGGGUCAUUGAUACGGGGAUAUGGCCGGAGCGGCAGAGUUUUAAAGACCGGGAUUUGGGUCCGGUUCCUGCGAAAUGGAAAGGGCAGUGUGUGAUGACGAAGGAUUUUGGGUUGAAUUCGUGUAAUAAGAAGCUGAUUGGAGCGAGAUUCUUCUGCAAUGGCUACGAGGCGACGAACGGGAAGAUGAAUGAGACGUCGGAGUACAGGUCCCCGCGAGAUUCAGACGGGCACGGGACUCACACGGCAUCAAUCGCCGCUGGGAGGUACGUAUUUCCUGCUUCCACAUUGGGGUAUGCUAAAGGGGUGGCUGCAGGUAUGGCGCCGAAGGCGAGACUCGCCGUUUAUAAGGUGUGCUGGAAUUCAGGUUGCUACGACUCUGAUAUUAUGGCGGCGUUUGACGCCGCCGUUGCCGACGGAGUCGAUGUUAUUUCGCUCAGCGUCGGUGGUGUUGUCGUGCCGUAUUAUCUUGACGCGAUUGCGAUUAGCGCUUUUGGUGCAAAUGAUCGAGGGAUUUUUGUAUCUGCUUCUGCCGGGAACGGCGGUCCUGGUGGACUAACGGUGACCAAUGUUGCUCCAUGGGUCACAACUGUCGGUGCUGGAACUAUUGAUAGGGAUUUCCCUGCUGAUGUUAAGCUUGGGAAUGGAAAAACGGCGCCCGGAGUCAGUGUGUACAACGGACCGAGUUUAACUCCAGGUCGAAUGUACCAGUUGGUUUACGCCGAAAGUGAAGGCGGUGAUGGGUAUUCAUCCACUCUGUGCUUGGACGGUUCUUUGGAUCCUAAUUUUGUGAAAGGGAAAAUCGUUGUGUGUGAAAGAGGAAUCAAUUCCAGAGCAGCGAAGGGAGAGGUUGUGAAGAAAGCCGGCGGGGUUGCGAUGAUUUUGGCUAAUGGGGUCUUUGACGGUGAAGGUUUGGUCGCCGAUUGCCAUGUUCUGCCAGCAACCGCCGUCGGUGCAUCCGCAGGUGAUGAGAUUAGGAGUUACAUUAGCGCUGCGUCGAAAUCAAAGUCACCAGCCACCGCCACCAUUGUUUUCAAAGGAACCCGUUUGGGGGUCAGGCCAGCUCCUGUGGUGGCCUCAUUUUCAGCUCGAGGGCCUAAUCCGCAGACACCGGAAAUUCUUAAGCCCGACGUGAUUGCCCCUGGACUGAACAUUCUAGCCGCUUGGCCCGACCUUAUCGGGCCAUCAGGGAUUCCGUCUGACAAGCGUACAACCGAGUUCAAUAUCCUUUCGGGUACCUCAAUGGCUUGCCCUCAUGUUUCUGGACUGGCCGCCCUGUUAAAGGCGGCACACCCUGAAUGGAGUCCCGCCGCCAUCAGGUCUGCCCUGAUGACCACUGCGUACACUGUCGAUAACCGAGGUGAAACAAUGCUUGAGGAAACCACUGGAAACACUUCUACUGCGUUAGAUUUUGGUUCAGGUCAUGUCCACCCAACAAAGGCAUUGGACCCCGGUCUCAUCUACGACUUAACUUCAAUGGACUAUGUAAAUUUCUUGUGCAAUUCCAAUUACACACUCAACAACAUUCAAGUGAUCACUAGGAGGACUGCGGAUUGCAGUGGUGCAAAGAGGGCCGGCCAUAUUGGAAACCUGAAUUACCCAUCAUUUUCCGCCGUGUUUCAACUAUACGGCAAGCAUAAGAUGUCAACUCAUUUCAUCAGGACAGUGACAAACGUAGGCAACCCAAAUUCGGUCUACACUGUCACAAUCCAACGCCCCCGUGGCAUGGUGGUGACCGUAGAGCCAAACCGGCUAGUAUUCAGGAGAGUAGGGCAAAAAUUGAACUUCCUUCUGAGGGUUCAAGCCAGAGAAAUCAAGCUCUCCCCUGGGAGCAACCAUGUGAAGACUGGUUUUAUAGUUUGGUCCGAUGGAAAGCAUAAUGUCACAAGUCCCUUAGUUGUGACAAUGCAGCAGCCUCUCUAAUUUUAGGGUUUUGGGUUUUAGAAAUUUUGUUUUUGUUAUAUAUAUGUGAUUAUAUGUAUGAUGAGAGUAAGGUGGCGUUUUUCUAUAUCAGAAAGCAAGUGGAGUUGGGAUUGUGAUGUGAAGAAAAAGGCAUGAUGAAGUGCAGGGUGCAUAUGUAAUGUAUCUUUGUUGUAAGAUUGAGAACCAAGAAUGUUACUGAAAUAUGCUUGUGUUCAAAAGACGUCAAGGAUAAUGAGAAAACAACGGAAAAGAAAACGGAGAGUCCUUUGUCUUACUUGAAAUCAAUGGUUUUUGAAUCU